AUGGACGCCAUGUCAAUCGUCUUGGCUCCGACUACUGGUGGGGUGAAGAUCUUGGCCAACAACUGUGGAUGGACGAACGCAGACUUUCAGCGAAGUUUAUCGAUUUGUUGA